UUUAUGUGUGUAAUGUUUUCUUUUUAAAUGGAAAAUAUAAAUGUGAAAGGUUGAUAUAUUAUACGAUGUAUAAAACUAAACUCUUAGUUAUUGGGCCAUGUGAAAGUGGCAAAACCGUGAUCUCGAAUUUCCUAGCGGAUGCCACGGAGACCAUCUCGAGUGAUUAUCAUCCAACACAAGGUGUUCGCAUUCUGGAGUUUGAAAGCGACAGUUUGAAUAUCGGCGGACGGAUAGCCAAGGCCGAAGUUGAACUUUGGGAUUGCAGUGGAGACACCAAAUUUGAGAACUGCUGGCCGGCUUUGAUGAGAGAUGGGAACGGAGUCAUAUUUGUUUACAGCACAGAGUUUUCCAACACCCGGAAAGAAAUGGAUAUGUGGUAUGCCAAUUUUGUCCAAACCCAAGGCCUUAAAGAUAGCCAGUGCAUCGUGUUCUGUCAUCGGAAGCCGAACCAGCCGGAAACUCGAUCGUCCGAGCUCUCUAGCCUGUUCUCUCGGAUCACAUGGGUACAGACGAACAUCGAAGAGAACGGCAAUGCACUGCGCAGGGAAUUCAACAGCUUCCUCCAGAGACUUCUGAGUAACAUCAGUGAGCGGAGAGACCAAGAGGAGCUGAGCAUCCUGAACCAACACUAAAGAGCUUUAACAUUGAAAUCGACCCGUCCACAUUUUCCUAAUGUGCAAUAACAGUUCAAGGGCAGGGUGUAGAAUAGGAACACAUUGGUGAAGUAAUGGAUUAAUCGGAAUCGAGAACUAAUGAUUUUGUAGUUGGCGGUGCAAUUGUGUAGUGACACUAGGACUUGCUGACAGUGGCGGCGCCAGAGCAAAAGUAGACGUUGGCGAUGCAGUUUUGAAUUCAUGUAAUUAAUUUUUGUACUAACUAUUGGCACUUAGAGUUCCCAAUUCACUUAAUUGCUAGGACAAAAACAUUUCAUGACUAGUAGUGCAAUCCAAAAGUUUUUUUGGUGGUGGAGGGAGGGGGCGGCACAUUGAAGGGGGAAAAUGACCUGAUAAAAAGGGGGGUCCGGGGGUCCUCCCCGUAAAAAUUUUAAAAUUUGUAGUUUUAAAACGCCAUUUUAGGCUUUCUUUGCUGAUGUUAGGGGAAAAAAAUUACAGAGGUCUCGGUGGAAAUUUCUAGAAAUUGAAGCCUUAAAAACUCAAUUAUAGGCCAUAUUUAUUGACUUGAGGGUCAGAGACUGUCCCAGAUCGAUUCUUUUGUUUGAAAAAAUAGAUCAAAAUCCAUCCCCUGCAAAUUCUCGAAAUUGAAGCUUCAAAAACAGAAUUUCAGACAAACUUUGAAGAUUUUACUGGAAUUAAGGGAGCUCUUCCCUCGAAAAGCUUUGAAAAUUAUGGUCCUAAAAACUUUAGCAAUAUUUUAUAUUCAGGAGCCAGUCUACUUAAUCUUUUUGUUAAUGUAUUUUAAAAAACCUAAUUGCUAAUGAUAUAUAUAAAAAAAAGUCGGCAUGGGUGACCCUUGCCCGAAUAUUUUCUGAAAUUCAAGCCUUAAAAAUGCGAUUGUAAGGCCAUAUUUUGUAAUAUUAGGCGCGGAAAUUUUUGAAAUUCAAGCUACAAAAACACAAUUUUAAGCGAUUUUCAAUGUUGUUUAGUAUUUGGGAGCUUAAAGCUGGAAAUGUCGCGAAAUUUAAGAUCUUCAGAUGCUCUAUAAUGCUUUCGGUGUGCGUGUGUAUGGAGGGGUGUGUGUUCAGAGGAGUAGCAUUUCGAAUAUUUUCUUAUUUUUAGACGAACUUAGGAAACAAUAGAAAAAGAAAAGAAAUAGGACUGGGGUGAGGGGAAUAGAGUUAGGUGAUCAAUAAGCUGUAGCUGCUGAAUAUUUUAAAUUCAGGCCCCGACAGAAUUGGGCCCCGCAUUUGCUAAGGCUGGCUCUGUGCAGUCUCCGCUGCACUCACUAUUUUGAUUACUUUCGUGUCUCUUGCAUUUAACAAGAGCUUCAAUUGAAAACAUGGAAAUUUCUUAAACCUUUCGAGAAUUUACUUCUGAGAAUUUUGUGAGGCCCUAUUGGCGGUCGCCGACGUCGCAGACGCCUAGCGCCGCCACUGCUUGCUGACAUGCUUGGUGAAAGUUACCUGGAAACGGCUAUUUAGCUGUAUCGCAAAUUAUUUUGUCUUUUCGAGUUACGUUUAAAUAAAACAAGCCAUUGAAUGUGAUUUAAAACUUAUGAUAAAUGAUCCACAAGGUAAUAAAUUAUGCUAUGAAAAACCAUCAAAGUGCAAAGUAAUCCAUCAACUAACAACAUUUAAAGCUAUAAAAAUGUGAAAUAAUAUGCCAAGUGAAGGGCCGCCUCUUUUUUAUAGAAAUGGAAAACUUUAAGUUGAAAUGAAACACAGUAAAAUAUUUUUAAUAGUCCUGAAAUGGACUUUUUUUGAUAGAUAAUUUUGUGACAUCAGUGAGGGAUGCACCCAUAAGUGAAUUGGCCAAUUACCGAUCAAUCGGCUGUUGAUA